AUGUUGGGUCCACGCGCAGCGCGCUCAGCGCGCUCGGUAACUUCCCUCUUGCGACCCUUUAGCUCGUCAGCCGUGGCCUAUCGUUCUCCCUCCAUUCGAGAUAUUACCGUCCAGUCGACUAAGGAGUACCUCAAACGACAGAAAGAGUUCCGUGAGAACUUGGAGCAGGCUCGUUUGAAAAGAGAACAGCAAGAGAGUCAGUCUGUCAAUGCUUCUGCUUCUUCAUCUCCCCCUUCCCGUGAGUACGCUCCCACUGCUCCACAAGUGAGCAAUGCGAGCAGACAUGAUCGUAUCUGCCCUACUUUCGAUGCUGCUAUAGCGCUUGACCAGAAGGGACUGGGCUCACUCUCAACGCACCGCUAUCUAGGGGAUGACCAACGCCAAGAAGCUCUGACCAAACGUGGUCCUUUGUCUUCGCUAAUCUACGGCACCAAGGAGGGCCAACAUUUCGACAAGGAUAUGGAGCGCUCCUUCUCAGAGGUCCUAGCCCGUGGCAAAUACGUCCAUUCUAUCGUCAUGCACGACGUAAAGCCCGACAAGGUUGAUGAAUAUGUUGAGCUGGUCGGCAAAUGGUACCCUCGUAUGGCGGGUACCGAGGAGAACCGUGUCAACUUAGUAGGCAGCUGGCGGACACAAGUGGGUGACAAUGAUACCUUUGGCAAGUCCCGAUCAAAUGACCCGACCAUUUUCUUCCACAUCUGGGAAUACCAGCGCUACGAAGGCUACCACGCCUCUCUUCACAGCAUUUCGGAACACCCCGAGUUCUCUGAGUUUGAUCGCAAACUCAAGAGCCUGAUUAAGAGCAAGAGGACUUCGUUGAUGCAAGAGUUCUCAUUCUGGCCCACAACUCCGCCUCGUCGUCUCGGUGGACUGUUUGAGCUUCGUUCGUACACACUGCACCCAGGCAACCUCCUGGAGUGGGAGACACACUGGCGCCGUGGUCUCACAGCUCGUCGUGAGGUGAUGGAGGGUGUAGGCGCAUGGUUCGUGCAAAUCGGCGAAUUGAACACAGUGCACCACCUGUGGCAGUUUGCCGACUUGGAGGAGCGCAAGAUCUGCCGCGAGCAGUCAUGGGGCGUCGAAGGCUGGGCCGAGACAGUUCACAAAACCGUUCCCUUGAUCCAGAGCAUGCAGAGCCGGAUUCUUGUUCCCAUGCCCUGGAGCCCUGUCGGCUAA